AUGGCAAUGCUGGAAGUUGAUACAAUGGCAGGGACAGUCAAAAUAUCUGUUGCCGAGUAUGAGUCGUUGGUCGACACAGCGCUCAAAUUUCUUUCUUUGAGGCAGGCAUUGCUUGCAGGAGGAGCCACAACGGAGACCGUGGACGUCUUGAUCAGCGCCAAUUUUCCACCGAAGCCUCCCAGCGAAGAUACCAGUUCGGCCCGCGAAGAUGGCUCGGGAUCAGUGCCCAUACCCGCCACGCGAUCUUCCGUUCCUGGGGCUCAUUCCACCAAAUCCACAAACCCUGAUCAAAAUCUGCCUCAUUUCGGUCCAUUGAUUCCGCAUACACCUGAUGAUACUGAUGAGGGUGACAUGCCAGAGGAGCAGGCAGAAGUAUCAAGGAACCGCCCUGUCAAACGGUCACUGACAAUCACUGGACUCUCGCCCGUCACAACCCUCCAUUCCGUCGCCCAGGUCCUCAAGGGUGGUGACAUCUUUCAAAUGCACGUUCGUUAUCGAGAUUGCUCGGCCCACGUGAGCUUCGUGGAUCCGGCUGCAGCUCACAGCUUUCUUCGCCACGCGCAGACAAAUGACAUCUACGUUCAGGGGAAGAAGGUGACCGUAGCAUGGGAUAACAACCGACAAAGUUGGAUGCGACCGAGCCUUGCCAAAUGCAUCGAGUCACUCGGUGCAACUCGCAACCUCGUCAUCCGCUACGUCGGACCAAACAUGACCGCAGAUAGCAUUCGAGAAGAUCUCAACCACAUCCAUGGCUUGGAAGUUGUCAACCUCUUCUUCGAGGACGACCAUGCCUACAUAUCUCUGAACAGUAUUCGGUCUGCUCUCACGGCCAGGAACUGCAUGCUCUCGCGAUUGAAGUAUAAGCGGCUUAGGAUUGCCUUCUAUCCCGACGAGUGUGCUCAACCACUGCCAUCCGCGAAUGUUCACCCGUCGCAAAAGCUAUCGGACAUCAGGCCAGCCGGGAUCUCGCUCCAAAAUCGCUUCGAAGUGCUCGAUGAAUCCCAAGAGAGUUAG